CGCCUGAAGAAUAUUUUAAAAUAACAAUAUUCAUACCUUAUUUAGAAUUGUUUAUUAACGAAAUUGAAUCGAGAUUUAUUGAACAUCAGAAAACAUUAAAAGGAUUUCAAAACUUAUUUCCAAAAACGUCAGAAAUGACAACACUUGAAAAAGAUGAAUUUAUUAGUUUGAUAGAUUUUUAUAAUGAUGAUUUGGCAGAUAACAAUAAAGAUAUUUUGGUAUCUGAGUUAAAACUUUGGCGACGUAAAAUACUUGCACUAGAUAAACAACCUACAAAUGCUAUGGAUGCUUUAGUUAUCUGCAAUAACAUGUAUCCAAAUAUAUACAAAUUACUACAAAUUUUAGCAACACUACCUGUUUCAACAGCUUCAUCCGAAAGAUCUUUUUCAUCAUUAAAGAGAAUUAAGACGUACCUAAGGAAUACAAUGUCAGAGAAAAGAUUAAAUGGUUUGGCAAUGCUCUCCAUUCAUCGUUCAAUAUCAGUAGAUGCAAAGGAAGUGUUGGACGAAUUAUCUAUUAACAAACGUCGAGUGGAUUUUAUUUUAUGAAUUAUUAUAAUAAACUAAUAUAAAACUAUAAAAACUAUUUAUAAUUAAUACAAAUUUGAAACAAAAUAAAAAUAACGUACG